GAAGGCUCUUGUGUAACAAGCUAUCAGGGUCUUUCUCUUCAGAUAAUUUUGUUUUUCCACAGAUCACUGUUGGGAUGAAGUUUUAUAGCUUUGGAGUCCUUGUAGCCACUAUCCUCUUCUGUGAGCAGCAUGCCUUCGCAUUUCAAAGUGGCCAGGUUAUAUCUGCUCUUCCUAGAACCUCUAGGCAAGCUCAAAUUCUGCAGAAUCUCACUACGACAUAUGAGAUUGUCCUCUGGCAGCCAGUAACAGCUGAAUUUAUUGCAAAGAAAAAAGAAGUCCAUUUUUUUGUGAAUGCAUCUGAAUUAAGCAAUGUGAAAGCCCAUUUAAAUGAAAGCAGAAUUCCAUUCAGUGUCUUGAUGGAAGAUGUGGAAGAUCUUAUACGACAGCAGACUUCCAAUGACACAGUCAUCCCCCGGGCCUCCUCCUCAUACUAUGAAAAUUAUCACUCACUAAAUGAAAUCUAUUCUUGGAUUGAAGUUAUUACUGAGCGGUAUCCUGAUAUGGUUGAAAAAAUUCACAUUGGAUCCUCAUAUGAGAAGCGUCCACUUUAUGUUUUAAAGGUUUCUAGAAAGGAGCAAUCAGCCAAAAAUGCUGUGUGGAUUGACUGUGGAAUCCAUGCCAGAGAAUGGAUCUCUCCUGCUUUCUGCUUAUGGUUCAUAGGCUAUGUAACUCAAUACCAUGAGGAAGAAAGUCUAUAUACCAAUCUUCUGAGGCACUUGGAUUUCUAUGUCAUGCCGGUAGUUAAUGUGGAUGGUUAUGACUAUACAUGGAAAAAGAAUCGAAUGUGGAGAAAGAACCGUUCUUUUCAUGAAAACAAUCCUUGUAUUGGAACAGACUUGAACAGGAACUUUGCUUCCAAACACUGGUGUGAGAAAGGUGCAUCAAGUUUCUCAUGCUCAGAAAUCUACUGUGGACUUUACCCUGAAUCAGAACCAGAAGUGAAGGCAGUGGCUAAUUUCUUAAGAAGAAAUAUCAACCACAUUAAAGCUUACAUCACUAUGCAUUCAUAUUCCCAGAAGAUAGUGUUUCCAUAUUCCUAUAGCAGAAGCAAAAGCAAAGACCACGAGGAACUGUCUCUAGUGGCCAGUGAAGCAGUCCAUGCUAUCGAGAGUAUUAGUAAAGAUACCAAAUAUACACAUGGAAGUGGUUCAGAAAGUUUAUACCUAGCUCCUGGAGGUUCAGAUGACUGGAUCUAUGAUUUGGGCAUCAAAUAUUCCUUUACAAUUGAACUUCGUGAUAAAGGCAAAUACGGAUUCUUGUUGCCAAAGCAUUUCAUCAAACCCACUUGUAUAGAAGCUCUGGCCGCUGUUUCUAAAAUAGCGUGGCAUGUCAUCAGGAAUGUUUAAUGCUCUUAAUUUUUUUUUUUCGCUCUGCUCUCAUAUUUUAAUUUACUAAUUCCAACAAGAGCAAAUUAUUGUACCAGUUUCUUUCUAAGUUUUAUCAAUAGUUUUGUUAAAAGGUUUUCUCUUCCUUGGUAUUGUCAAAGAACAAAAUAAAUAUUACCCUAAAAUUAAGGCAGACGAGGAUUCACAUUUAUUUUCUCUUUUUUCUGUAAUUUGUAAGAAUCUAGGUAAUGAUUUUUUCUUUGAUUUACUAUGGUUGACUAGCCAUCUCAAGUAAUUUUAACAACUGGUUUCAUGCAAAUGAUUGGAACACAAACAACAAAAAGAAAGGCUAUUAGAAGCUCAUUAAAGAUUUCCUUUCCAAAUUUCAACAAAUUUCUGCUUGCACCUUUAAAAACAAAACUUUGCAGUCCGUUCGCUCCACAGGAAUAGACAAUGGCCUAGAAAGCUGAAGGGUGUCAAAAACACGACAAGCACCGCCUGUCGUUCCAGGUUAGUGCUCAUUAAACAUUGUUGAGAGAAUAAUGCAUGGCUGUACUUACUUUCGACAAAACCUGGGGCACUUAACGCAUUUAUAACAACCGUUUAUUGUAAGAAAUUAUGUAAUAAAAGAAGGAAACUUUUUCUCUUAAAUUUACUUUUAAUUGGGCACUUUAGCUCUUCCUAGUUCCAGGUUUCCUCUUGUCCAGAGAUCUCUCACCAAGGUACCUUGAAGAUUUCAGCUGCGCACAGGUCGGGUCGGGGUGCUGGGCGUGUCUACAAAGGGGCGGUGCCUGCGCGCUGACGACUAAUCCGGAGGCCGGAAGCUGCACCGGUCUGCGGAGGAAAGGGCAAGCCCGUGACUUCCGGCGGCUUUUUGAGGCGGUCCUCUCAGCGGCCCGAUAGUAUUUUCGUUGUCUUUUUUUACUCUGUUGUCGCUCUUCGUUGUUUUUCUUUCUGCGUCCCAGUCGCGUGAUUCUGGCAAAGCGGCCGACGGGUUUCGCUCCUUGGCCGCCCCAGGGGACCCCUCGCUAGCCGAGGGCCGGUUCCCGGGGCCGCGCGCGCACCACCUCCUCCUCCCCUUUGUGGUCUUCCCGGGGCCCGGCGCGGGGACAGAGUCCCCUUCCCCGCUCCUCGGGGCAGCGGCGGCGGCAGCGGUGACGCCUCUAGACUGUGCUCACGGAAGGAGUUCGGCAAGGAGG